AUGAAAAUGGUUCAGAUGAAUAAUAAAGCUCCCGUAACCAAUGAUGAGCUAGCCGAGCUGAAUCACCGUAUUCAAGAUGGGAAAAAGGAAAGAAGGGACAGGGUUACGAGAGAAUGCCAAGGGCUUUCAGAGGAACAUGAAUCUAGGAUUAAUGAGGAUACGCAACAUGUUAGCAAUGGGGAGAUUGGAACAGUACAGGUCCUGGAGCAGAGCCAUUCUGGCCAGCGGAGGUCUCAGCAACAGCCUCAAGGGCAUUUGGUUCGCUGGGAGAGGUUCCUAGCUUUCAGGUCUCUAAAGGUUUUAUUGGUGGAAAAUGACGACUCAACUCGCCAUAUUGUCAGUGCCCUACUACGAAAUUGUGGCUACGAAGUAACAGCAGUAGAAAAUGGUAGACAAGCUUGGAAAGUCUUAGAAGAUCUUGUGACAGAUGUUGAUCUCGUUUUGACUGAGGUGGUCAUGCCCUGUUUAUCUGGUAUUGGUCUUCUAGGCAAGAUCAUGAGCGCAAAAUCUUGCAAGGACAUUCCUGUAAUUAUGAUGUCUUCUCAUGAUUCUAGGAGUAUGGUCUUUAAGUGUUUAUCAAAGGGUGCAGUCGACUUUUUAGUGAAGCCUAUUCGAAAGAAUGAGCUUAAAAACCUUUGGCAACAUGUUUGGAGAAAAUGCCACAUAUCUAGUGGUAGUGGGAGUGAAAGUGGUAUAUGGAUUGAAAAACCCUUAAAGUCAAGAACUGUGGAACAUUCAGACAACAACAGUGGUAGCAAUGACGGGGAUGAUACUGACAGCAUUGGUCUAAAUUUCAGGAAUGAAAGUGACAGUGGAACACAGAGCUCUUGGACAAAGAGAGCAGAUGUUGACAGCCCUCAAGCAGUGUCAUGGGAGCAGUUUGCUGACCUUCCUGAUAGCACUAAUCAACAGGUCAAUCAUCCAAGGCAAGAAGCAUUUGGCAACAACUGGGUACCAGAAAAUGCAACAAUAGCACCUCGUCCACUUAAUGAUGAGCUAGACAAAAAAGUCAUGGGAAAAGACUUGAAGAUCGGAUUACCAAGCCUUCCGAAUUCACUUCUUGAAGACACAGGUGAAAAAGGGCAGACCAACAUGGAAGGCACUAAUAAAGACAAAUGUUCUGAACUUAACUCAAAGAAAGAUGAUCAGGAACUGGAGAAAGGAGAACUAGACCUCAACAAUGAAGAACCAAAUGCAGAAAAGACCCAAGCUGUUGAUCUAAUGGGUGUCUCCACUAAUAGUAUUGAUCCUCACAUGGAAAGUGGAAUUCUUGACAUCCCAAACGAACUCUCCAAGGUUGCCUGCAUGAGAGAUAAUGCCAACCAUGAGAACAAGGAAACACCUUUCUUUGAGCUCAUUUUAAAGAGGCCAAGAGAUAUCCAAGAUACAGGAACUAGCGCACACGAUCGAAAUGUUUUGAGACAUUCAGAUAUUUCAGCUUUUUCAAGGUAUAAUUCUGCUUCAACUGCAAAUCAGGCUCCAACGGGGAACAUAGGCAGUUGUUCUCCUCUUGAUAAUAGCUCAGACGCAGCGAAAACAGAAUCAACACCAAAUUUGCAAUCUGAUUCAAAUGGCACACCUCCCAACCAGGGUUCCAAUGGUAGUAGUAACAAUAACGACAUGGGAUCCACUACGAAUAACGCUUUUACCAAACAAGUGGCUUUUGCAGAGAGGCCUACAACCAAAUCCACAAUCAAACUCCAAUCUUGCUCUGGUUUCCAACAAGUACACAAUGGCCAAACUUCCCUUCAGCCUAUUAUUCAAGCAGAUGCCUCCCAGUGUGGUUCAUCCAAUGUGUUGAGAGCACCCAUGGAAGGCAAUAUUAGUAAUCAGAGUCUCAACAGGAGUGGCUCAGGAAGUAACCAUGGUAGCAAUGGACAAAAGAGAAGCACCACUGCUUCAAACUCCAGAGGGAAAAAGACAGAAAGUGAUAGUGUGGUUACUGGAAGAGGGAAAACCAUUGAAGGAAGUGAAUCGGAUGUAAAUCGAUUUGCACAAAGAGAAGCUGCUCUAAAAAGAUUCCGCCAGAAGAGGCAAGAAAGGUGCUUUGAGAAAAAGGUGAGAUAUCAGAGUAGAAAAAAACUGGCAGAGCAAAGACCGCGAAUUCGAGGACAAUUUAUUAGAAAGGGGAUGAAUGAAAACAAGGGAAAAGGCAUAAAUUACGAACCUGAACCAAUUUCCUAACAGGAGCAAUUAGGUUCCUUGAUGCCAGAUGUGGUGCCUUUGCAGUAGAUAGUUACAGAACUUUUAUGAUUGAAUAUAUGGGCCUGUAUUUAUAUUUAAGGAGUAUAUGCCAACGGCUGUCUUAGUAGUACUACAAGUCUACUAUAUAGAAGGUGAUAAACCCUUAAAAAGAAUAGAGCCUUCUCUCAAUAAAUCACUUUAAGUGGGUGUGAUAUUAUUGUUCAAGACUAAUGGUUGAAGAAACUCUUUUUCGGUUUACCUUU